AUGGACGAAGAUGAGGAGGAAAUUCGCAUUUUUCGAAUCAUCACAUUUUUUUCGAUCGUUUUUUCGGUGAUUCUGAUUGUGGUUGGGACGUUGGGCGCAUUUUUGGUGUUUCAGCAGAUUUAUGCGGUUCAGGUUGGUGGAAAUUUGCAAUUUUUCAUGAAAAUUGCGUCUCGCGGCGAAAUUGGAAUACUGUAGCUCCCGCGAAACGCGGAAAUUUGAAUUUUUCACGGUUUUCUGAUCAAAAUCAGUAAAAACAAGACAAUUUGGAUCUCGCAGCGAAAUAUGGGUUACUGUAGGUGAAUUUUCGGCCGCGAAAUCUAGAAAUUUGAAUUUUUCACGGUUUUCUGAUCAAAAUGAGUAUGAACAUGAGUAUUUUCAAGAUUUUGGGUCUCGCAGCGAAAUAUGGGUUACUGUAGGUGAAUUUUCGGCCGCGAAAUCUAGAAAUUUGAAUUUUUCUUGAUUUUCUGACCAAAAUAUCGUGUUUAUAAUCAUUCUGACCGGAAAACUCUGGGAAUUUCGAAUUUUCGGGUCUCGCCGCGUGAAAAAUCAUCUACAGUACCCCAAUUUUGGUGCGAAACCGAAAUUUUCAAAAAAUAGCGAUGUUUAUACUGUUUCUGACCGGAAAACUCUGGAAAUUUUGAAUUUUCGGGUCUCACCGCGUGAAAAAUCAUCUACAGUACCCCAAUUUCGCUUCGAGACCCAAAUAGUCAUAUUUAUACUCGCUUUGAUCAGAAAACGGUGAAAAAUUCAAAUUUCUAGGUUUCGCGGCUGAAAAUUAAUUUACAGUAACCCAGUUUCGCUGCGAGACCCAAAUAGUCAUGUUUAUACUCAUUUUGACCGGAAAACUCUGGAAAUUUCGAAUUUCUUGAUUUCGCGGCUGAAAAAUUCAACCUACAGUACCCCAAUUUCGCUGUGAGACCCAAAUAGUCAUAUUUGUACUCAUUUUGACCGGAAAACUCUGGAAAUUUCGAAUUUUUGGGUCUUUUCAUGAAAAAUUCAGCUAUGCGCCUUUAAAUACCGUAUUUUUUGCAGUCCGAAUUCUCGUCCGACCUUCGUUUCUGCGUCUCCAAAUCGCACGAUCUUUGGGACCAUCUGACGGAUCUGGAAAUUCUCAAAAACGUGGCAAGACCGCGCAAAAAACGCCAAUAUUUCCUGGAUUACUGUAUCGAGGACACGUGUCAACAGGCGGUGCCAAAUGCAUGCCACGUGGCACCGAUCGGACCGAAUUGUGGCAACGGAUAUCCGGCGCCGCGCGUCCAGGCCCAGGCUUUUUGUAUUUACGGGCCGCCCGGGCCGCCCGGAUGGCCUGGAAUGGCGGGGCGAGAUGGAGAGGAUGGCGAGCCGGGAGUUCCCGGAACUCCUGGCCAUGACCCGCUGGAGGGAUUGGUGAUUCCGAGAGUCGACGAUUUUUGCUACACAUGUCCGCCGGCGAAAACUGGGCCUAUCGGGCCUCCAGGGCCUAAGGUAGGCGAAAAAUUCUGAAAUUUUUCGGUUUCAGCCAAGUUUUCUGGUCAAAACGAGUAUAAAUUUGUCUAUUUGGGUCUCGCAGCGAAAUCUGGGGUACUGUAGGUCAUUUUUUAUCCGCGAAAUGUAGAAAUUUGAAUUUUUCAUCAUUUUCUUAUCAAAACGAGUAUAAUUUGGGUCUCGCAGCAAAAUCUGAGGUACUGUAGGUCAAAAACUGUGAAAAAUUCAAAUUUCUAGGUUUCGCGCGGCUAAAAAUCAACCUACAGUACCCCAGAUUUCGCUGCGAGACCCAAAUAGUCAUAUUUAUACUCAUUUUGACCAGAAAACGGUGAAAAAUUCAAAUUUCCGGGUUUCGCGCGGGAAAAUCAACCUACAGUACCCCAAAAAUCCACUUUUCAGGGUCCCGCAGGCGAUCGUGGUCUCGACGGGAUUCCCGGCAACACCAACAACAUCAAAGGCGCGCCGGGCCCUCCAGGCUGUCCAGGAGAAGCAGGCCGGCCAGGCCUACCAGGCCUGAAAGGCCCCUCAGGCUUACCAGGCUCAUCGCGCGGCUCUCAAGGUCCGCAGAGAGCUGCAGAUGGCCGGCCGGGAGCUCCCGGGCCUCCCGGGCCCCCAGGCCCAAUGGGAGAGCCGGGAAGAGCGAUGCGCGGUGCUCAAGGGCCUCCUGGAGCUCCAGGAGCACCGGGAGCCCGCGGGAAACCUGGCAAGCCUGGGGCUCCUGGAGCAACGGGGGCUACUGGAGUGGGCGGAGCCUGCGAACAUUGCCCACCGCCCAGAAUUUCACCGGGAUACGCUGAGAAUACCGUGUAA